AUGAAACACAACUCGAACGUCCCGGCUUUCCUCACCAAGCUGUGGACACUGGUCGAGGAUGAAGACACCAAUGAAUUUAUUUGCUGGAGUCAGGAGGGCACCAGCUUCCUCGUGCUUGAUGAGCAGCGUUUUGCAAAGGAGAUCCUCCCGAAGUUCUUCAAGCACAACAACAUGGCCAGUUUCAUCAGGCAGCUCAACAUGUAUGGAUUUCGUAAAGUGAUGCACAUUGACACUGGAAUAGUGAAACAGGAGCGGGACGGUCCAGUAGAGUUUCAGCACCCCUACUUCAAACAUGGACAGGAUGACCUGCUGGAAAACAUCAAGAGGAAGGUUUCUAACACUCGGCCAGAGGACACAAAGAUUCGACAAGAGGACCUGUCCAAGAUCUUGGCUAGUGUUCAGAGUGUACAUAGCAAACAGGAGAACAUUGAUGUCAGGCUAGCAACACUCAAGAGGGAGAAUGAAGCCCUGUGGAGGGAGAUCUCAGAUCUCAGACAGAAACACGCACACCAACAACAGCUCAUCAAAAAGCUGAUACAUUUCAUCGUCACAUUGGUACAGAACAACCGCAUCCUGAAUUUAAAGCGCAAAAGGCCAGUUCUUAUGAACAGCAAUGGAAAAAAGCCCAAAUACAUUGAUCAGAUCUAUGAUGAGAAAGUGUGUGUGGAGCAGUCAUCUGUCAACAGUCUGAAUGGUGUGAAGGUCUCAGAGACAUCAGAUGAAGUUAUCAUCUGUAAUCUGACUGAGAAUGACGCUGAAGUGACAGCUGAAAUCACAGAGGGUUCACCCAGAGCCGUCGAACAAGGAGAUGUGGAAAUCAUGGAAGUGGAGCUGGACAGCUGUGCGCUGCAGCCAGCAGAGACGGAGGUGAGCACCAGCUGCACAGCUGACAUCAAACAGACUCAAACAGAGGCUGGUGGCUCAGCAGCAGAUGACAGCCAAAGAAGCAGGACUUCAGACAGCAGCGAACCAACCAGCGCCCUGCAGCUCAAUAAACCCUCUUUCCUCAGUCUAGAGGACCCUGUCAAGAUGAUGGACUCCAUAUUAAAUGAGAAUGGAGCAAUAUCGCAGAACAUUAACCUGCUGGGCAAGGUAGAGCUGAUGGACUAUCUGGACAGUAUCGAUUGCAGUCUGGAGGAUUUCCAGGCCAUGCUUUAUGGAAAACAGUUCAGCAUGGAUUUUGAUCCCCUAGAGGAGAGUUUGUCCUGCAAAGAGAACACGGCGCAGCUAAACAGAGGCAGGACAGACGAAGGCAACACAGAUAAGCAGUUGAUCCAGUACACCACUUGUCCAUUGCUGGCCUUCCUCGAUGGCACUACCUCUCCUCAAGAGCUGGAUCUGGCCACCAGCAGCAGCAGCAGCAGCGCCGACUCCUCCAGUCACCUCCAGCCCUCUUCCAGCUCUGAUACUCGGGUGGAGGCUGAGCCACCCUCAGAGCUGCUGGACAACAGCUUCGAGUUGAGGCAGCGACCUUGCAGCUCCCUGAUCCGCCUGGAGCCUCUGACAGAGGCCGAGGCCAGCGCAGAGACACUCUUCUACCUGUGUGAACUCAGUCCUGCUGGUCCCGAGACCCGAGAGUCCACUUAGCUUGACAGAGUGUGAGCAAGAACAGAACUGAGAUGUACGUUUUUUGAGAGGCAUGAACAGAACUGAGGAAAGCACAGGGCUGGUGGAAGAAGAUCUGUGGUUUGUGUCAUGUACACAUUUUUAAAUGGAUGACUUUUGCACUGAAGAUAACAUUUGAGUUACAGAAAUAAGCCAUGCUUUCUUCAAAUAGAAUAAUAGUACUAGAUUAACAAUCACUGGCUGGUUAUUAACCCUUUGAACCUAAUAAUGGCAUUUUUUCUUCUCAGAGUCAUAAACUCAGUCAAAACAGAAUGCACACACAUCUUAUACAUAUAGUAUCGUUAUAUCUUUUCAUAAAGAAUUAACAUCCAGAAACCUCCAUGUUUCCAUGUUCAGUGUACUGAACAUGGAAACCACUGUAGUCUGAUUGAGCAGCUUCCUUUUGAAUAACAUAAACACUUGAUCAUUCAAACAUGGGGUAUUCAUUAACAUAUUUAAUGUUGUAGCACUGAAAAUCUAGCAAUUCACUAAACACAUUAGAGAAAAGCAAGUCACUAAACACACAAGAGAACAGCAAGUGCAAUAAUGCUAACUAAUUUUUGUACAAAAACACAAAACAGUCUUGUCUCAUAGAAUAAAAAGAAAAACAAUAACUUGGCAAGUGACAAGACCAUGACAUUUUUUGUUUUGUUUUACAUAAGCAGUAGUUUUCUGGCAUUACCACAGUUUAGAAUAUCCCAUGAUUCUCAUAUCCCUGGGACACUGUCUGUCUCCAUCUUUUCCCUCCAUCACAUCUUCUCUGUGCUGUGUGUAACCCAUUAUUCAUAAAAAAACUGUCCUGUAUAAAUACAAGGGUUCAAUAGGUUAAACAGAUUUGACUGCCAUGUGUUUGAAAGUGAAACCCUUCCUUUUGAGGGGGUCACCAUCGUUAUCUUCAGGACUUGAAUGGUUUCUUCAACGCAAUGGUCUUGUAUGUAAAAAUGACAUGAGAGGCACAAAUUGUGUCUGGUGUAAGCACAGGACACCAGCACGCUGAUGUCCACCGCACGGCUUCUCCAUCUCUUGGAUCUGAAGACAGAAGCUCACUGUCUCAUAAAGCAUUGCAACACAUCUGGUCUCUGACCUGUGUUGAGACUGACAGAAACUUUGUAUGUAUUUGUUAAAAUGUAUUUAUUUUGACUUUUGUUUAUUUUUGCUACAUUUCUGUUCACAGAGCUGACACUCUUCACAAAGCAACAUUCCUUCAGAUGGGUUGUUUUCAGCCGGGGCUGACUGCUCUCUGUGUUCGGCCUAGUGGCAGUGAAUUUUUUUCAACCCGUUUAUGGAAAUUCUAGAGACUGGGAUGAAACAUGAUCCUCACUAAUGACUGUACAUUAACCUGUUGAGCAAGAGUCACAUAACCAAAAGCUGUUUCCCAGUGUCCACACGUGUGGACAGUGUUGGCUUCACCUCUCAGGCUGUAGAUAACUGACUGUGGGGACUGAUGAAACGUCUGUGUCCAUUCGCAAACACAAAACCACAUCAGAUCUGAACUGAACACCUGUAAUGGUCUGCAUUGCUUUAGCGUUACAGUAAUAUAACUGAAUGGUCUGAGUAAAAGUAGUUUGAGAGUUUGUUUUGUACCAUUAUAUUGCUCUCUCACAAGACCAACACUCCCUGUGUGGAGUGAGCUAAAAUUACUGUUUUCAUCAAAGCAGUUUGGUGGCUCGCCCUCAAAUGUAAGUGAUACACUGCCUAUGGAUAAGUAACUCAUACGACCCCAAUUCUUCCGUGUAAUCUUAACUAUCCCUUUAAAUGAUUACGGCAGACUUGCUGUAUAAGUAUCCAGCAUAAGUAAGAGCUAAAUUGAUCACAUUUGUUGAUUUGAGGGGUAAUCGGGAGCCACGCUGUUAAAGCAUCAGACGUUUUCACGUGCUUGAUACGAGUCAUGAAACAACAAAAAUCUUUACAGGUCAUGGUGAUGGAAUGUGACACAUACACAGUAAUAAAUUAGCUAUGUCAGCAGUUAGUUGUAUAGUAUUUCUGGACAUGCAUGGCAACUUGAGGGUUGUCAUGGAUGAAACCAACCAUGAAAACCAACUCAGCACAUCUUCAAACACUCCUUGAUUCUGUCAGUUGUUCCUCAAAUACCCAAACCUCCUCCAUUUCUGUUCAAGUCAGCAGAGUUCCCAGUUUGGAAGGAAAACAGAAUCAAGAAGUCACUGUUUCCUGUGGAAUAGCUGUAAAUGAUUCUCCCUCAAUUUUCUGGUAUAGAGCUGGGGCUGUUAGGUAGCCUCAGUAUUUGUCGUAUAUAAUUUGAUAAAGGGAAACUCCUCGUGUCUCUUUUCUGAUAUAGAAGUGCCUGCAUCCUUUGUCUGUUACCCCUAGUAGAAAAACACAAAUGCUGUUUAUAGUCUGCGGUACACGUCACAGGGGUGACAUGACCUCUCUGUGCCCUGCUCACAUCUCACAAGCUGUCUGUCAUUGUUGCGAGUCUUGCAGUUACAAUAAAACAUUUUAAGAAA